GGAAUGGACUGCCAUAUUUCUAUUUGGGGAGUUUUGGCCUUCCUGAGUUUGGCUCUGCUUGUUUCACUGACACUGAAUAUUGUACACUGUAUCAAAAAGAAGCAAGCUAAAAUGCAUAAAAACUAUGAAGAGAACAAUCCAAGCUAUGAUGGCUAUCACACAGAAGAUUAUCCAGUUUAUGGCAAUCUCAAUCAAGAUAUUUUAGAAGAAUGUUGUUACGAGCAGAUGAAGUCCCAGCCUCAAAGACCAGUUAACCAGCUACAGGUGGAAUCUGCCAAUCAGAUGUGCUAUGCCUCACUUGAUCACAGUGUCAAGAGAAAAUGCAGAAAACCAAGGAGAAAGAAAGAUCCUUCAUUAGAGGAAGAUGAAGAAAGAUCAUCUAACCCCAUGGUGGCUUCCAAAGUUAGCAUUUACCUCAAUAGUGAGCAGCUGGCUGCCGAAAACACGGCAGAAGUAGAAGCCAUUCAUGAUGAUCCCAUCAGAUUAAUGGGCUUGAUUCAUAAUACAAAAGGGGAGAACUGA